AAAAUCCAUUCGACAAGAGCGCAGGCGCAGCGCUGUAUUCACCCACAACUUCACUUCGGUCAACUUCGACUAGUGGUGAUCGAAACUUCGAUGUGUGUGGAAGUGAAUUUAACUUUUCUAACAUAAUCUCACAAAAAUAACAAUAAUCAGUAACUAAAGUACAAUUAUCUUAUUUGAUCGUGUUGGAAUAAACAUUUAACGUGUCGUUAGUUAUAUAAAUAGUAUUCAUGAUGUGUGAUAAUAACAGUCCUUCGACGCAAAGUAUAGCGGACUACUUAGCUCAGUUGCUCAAAGACAGGAAGCAACUGGCUGCGUUCCCGAAUGUUUUCAUGCACAUGGAGCGACUUCUGGAUGAAGAAAUAGCAAAAGUUCGAGCAAGUUUAUUCCAAAUAAAUGGAGUUAAGAAAGAACCACUCGUACUACCAGAGCCUGAAGGCGUGGUCACCACACUCACAGAAAAAGUUUACGUGCCAGUAAAAGAACAUCCAGAUUUCAACUUCGUUGGAAGGAUUCUAGGGCCCAGGGGUAUGACAGCUAAGCAGCUAGAACAAGAGACAGGAUGCAAAAUAAUGGUCAGAGGAAAAGGUUCAAUGAGGGAUAAGAAAAAGGAGGACGCAAACAGAGGAAAACCCAAUUGGGAGCAUUUGGCUGACGACCUCCACGUCUUACUCACAGUUGAGGACACUGAGAACAGGGCGAAGAUAAAGUUGGCCAGAGCUGUCGAUGAAGUCAAACGCCUGCUUGUACCUCAAGCUGAUGGCGAAGAUGAGCUCAAGAAGCGUCAGUUGAUGGAGUUGGCGAUCAUAAACGGCACAUACCGCGACUCCAGCACCAAGGCGGUGGUACCCGUCAACGGUCAGUGCCUCAUAAACGAUCCCACAGCGGACGAGGAGUGGCGGCGUGUGGCAGCGGCCGCAGCGGAGACACAGCGUCUGCUGGCACCAGGCGGCGCCGUGGGAGGUGUGGGAGGCGUAGCGCUCAGGACACAGGCCCCGCUUGGCGCGCCACUCAUCCUGUCGCCGCGCAUGUCGCAAGGCGCGCAGGCCGGCCUGCUCAACGGUUCAGGCGCACAGGCCGCCGCUGGUUUGCUCUCUCCCGGAGAGCCCGCGCACCAGCUCAUCUACGCCUCUCCUUACGACUACGCCAACUACGCCGCGCUGACCGCCGCCGCCAACCCGCUGCUCACCACCGAGUACGCCGCCGCUGACCAUACGGGUGUGGUGAGGAGGGCGCAACGGCUCGCGCAGGUCAGGGAGCACCCUUACCAGCGCACUGCCUUACCGGCGCCUUAAUUCCCGCCAAAACGCUCUCACGCCGCCAUUUUGUUCACAAGGUGAGUGCUAACGGCGCCGAGGAACUAACAGGAGUCGCGGCCGGCCGCUCCACGCCGGCCCCCUAUGUCGCCGCGUAACAUACUCAUCGGAACAUCGACCACCAUGUAGCUAUUAGCUGUUGGGCCUUUCACGUUUAACAUUAUACUAUGUAUUAUAAUAGUCUAACUAUUAACAUUUAUAUGCCUGUUAUGUUUAUAACAUGAUGAACUUUAUUAACAUUUUAUAUAAUUUUUAUGAAAUGGCACACGCCAUCGACUAUAUUUACUAUAUUGUAUCUUAUUGUACUUCUGUUGUCGCUUGAACGUGUUGUUGUUGAAGCACGAGUGUUGUUAGGUUACCCGGAUAAAUCACGGCGUUAAAAGUGCUACCUAUAUAUUUCAUUGAAUAGUUAUUUAUAGUUUUUUAUUUAAAGUUAUUUAAAUAGAGUAUAUUUUUAAAAAUUUGCACCUUUAGCGCCGUCCCUAUAAAAAAGAUGGUUUGAGUAAAAUUUUUACUUCUAACGAAAGCUUAAUUCAUGCAGUAGCUAGAGUUAAUUUGACACUGAAAAUGACUUUUGCUAACACUUCUUGCUUUUUGAUCUUCCCAAAAACUGUAAACAUUUCUUCGUUAGCUUGCAACUAGUAUGAAUUAAGCUUUGUAAAACAACGUCAUGAUUUUUCAACUAAGUAACUAUCCACCUAAUGUUAGAUGGAAAGUCUAUCAAAGUUCUAUGUAUGUACCUUAAUAUGUAGUAUAUUAUUAUACUACCCACGCAAUUUAUAUACGUACAUACGUACACUGAUCGUUUGGCGCUACAUGGAUAGUCUGUGGCGCGGCGCGAGAACAAGAUGGCGUCACGCAAGAGGUCAAGUAAGUACCUACGAUGCUAAAAUAUUUUAAAAUUGCUUUUCAUAAAAAUAAUUGGACUGACAUUGGAUUAUAGUCUAAUAUAGGUUGUUUCUUCAUAUACUCAUGGACCCAACAAACCUUUGGCAAACAUUUUACAUUACUUUAAAACCAAAGACUAAAUAAAUUAUAGUAAUAUUUGACUACGUGCUCUGAUCAAAUUCAAAAUUAUUCAAUGUCUUCCUUGAAAAAUAUAAUGGUGUUAUAUUGGUCAAUGAGUGUAUGGAUUUUCAUACGGAAUAAUUAAUAUUUAUAGCAUUGUAUUUUACUCUUAGUGCUUAAUAUUUAUAGUUAACUUUGAAUAUGUGUACAUCCCAUGUGCCUUAAUUAAAUGUACAAUGUUCUUACCUUUUUUGGUUCUAUAGAAAUUGUUAUAAUGCUAAUUAAUAGCUAAGUUAGAAGAGAUUAAAUUAUUGUUAACUUUUCUAAAUGUUAAUUUUUAUACAUUUAUCGUCGUCAGUUUUAAAAUAUUAUUUGUAUAAGAAUAUAAAUAGUAAUACCCAAAUGUUUUAGUGUCUAGUAGAUUUACGUUAGUUGUGGAACAUUGUUAACGUUUAUAAGUGCCUUCGUUACAAUCUCUUCGGGAAUCUCUAGAUUCGUUCUAUUUUAUAUAAUUGUCAGAGAUCUGCAGUAUGUUAAUACAGUGAAAAGUAUAUUACCCAUUAAUAAUCUCAAAGAUUACACAAACGUUCGAGUGUUAUUGUAACAAGGGCAGUUUGUCAUGCUUUGUUAUGUGUUAGCUUACAUAAUGUAAUGUAAAAGCAAUAUAAUAACAAUAACGGAACACGAUUAGUGCAAUAGAGAUGUUAUAAUACUAAAUAAUAUUAUAUUAUUAAAGUAAUCUCGGCUUGAUAAAGUUGGGAGAAUAUUUUUACAAUAUUAUAUAGAGAUCUGAUAUUGAGAUUAAUGCGGUAGGUGAAACUAUAUUAUCACGAUUGUUAUCUGUAAAGAUACAUAUUUUCUUUAAAAUUAAAUUAUAAGUUAUUAGAGUAAAAGAGCUAAUUAGUUGGUAAUAUUUUUAUCGUUUUGCAUUAAAUUAGGUGCUUCGUCGAGUUUUGGGAAAAGAAAUUUCUAAAAUUAUAUGAAAUAAAUAUUUUUUUGUUUCCAAAAUAAAUAAAAUUAUGUCGAAUAACUACAAAAGUAUGUAGAUAAUCCUCGUAAAUCUGUGAAAAAUAUCAUCGAAGUUGUUAACACUCCGUCCAUGAUUAUUUCAUAAAUAAAGUACUUAAUUUUUUUGGUCUCCCCUCAUGCAUAGUUAAGUGCGAUUAAUUUGAGAUGCCAAUCCAUUUGCAUCGUGUGUUAACACUUGAAAAUAUUCACCUAGAAAUAUAAAUUAUCCACAUUCAUAUAAUUAGGGCAAAAUUCAUUUUAUGUCUUGCUUACAUCUCCCAUAAAAUCAUCUCAUAUAAUCGUACACGUAAAUUUUGUUUUUAUUUCCUCACCGUUAAGUCUAAAGUUGCUUGUUCAUAGUUUGAAGAACAAAGGUUAAAAUAUUUUAUUGUUAUCCUUUCGAGAUCAUAUAUGAAUUACAGACAUAAUGUUUAUAGGUAUGAAGCAGUUCUUUAAAACUGUUCAUCCUUCAUUAUGCAUCUAUACAUAGUUCGUACAAAUCAUACUAAUACAAAAAAGCAUUUAAAGAUAUAAUCAUAAAAUGCAAAAUGCCAUAACAACUCGAGGAAUCCGUUUCAUUUAAAUGUUAAAAUAUGUGAUGAAAUAGAUGUGUUUAACGUACAAAUAUUAUAAUUGUCUGCAAAUAACUAGUAAUACUGUGUUUCAUAAGCAAUAACAUUAGUAAUUUUGUUUCUUGAAACAUGCUUAGUGCCAUCAGCAGACGGGCUUUUUACAUGUAAUGACAUGUAUUUUUUUUUAAAUAUUAAUUUGUACUUAUUGUUAAGGCAGAUACUAAUCGAGUGCCUUAAAAGAACUUGUACAUAUUUAUUAUUAUCUUUCAUUAAAGUAUUAAUAUAGCGGAGAAUAACAAAAUCUAAAAUUGUUUUCGAAAAACAAUAUAAUAUAGAAAAUAAAUCAGUUUAGUUAAGUGAGAUUGUGCAUAUUAUGUAUGUUUUGAUGUGUGUCUAAGAUUGAUUUGGUAUUAGUAAAUAUUUAAAAAACGUA